CCUCUUUCUCGCCUGAAUGCAGAAUACCUGCUACAAAAACAAAAUCCCACGAAUGGUGCUAAUAUUAGGGCUUCGUUUAUCCUGUGAUUGAUACUCAGAUAUCUUAAAGGGAAGGGAAAAUGAAUGAAAGAGGAGGAGAUGCGAAGAAAACAAAGUGGCCGGUGAUCAAACCCAAGCGGGAUCUCCAGAUUACGCGCCUCAGAGAUACCCAUCUCUUCACCGUGCAGAGUUUCCUCACUUCUGCUGAAUCUAGGGCGUUCAUUAAAGCUGCAGAAUCUAUUGGUUUCGUCCACCAAGGGAGUCUUGGUCCAACAAAAGGGGAAGCGUAUAGAGACAACGAUCGCAUUUCAGUGAACGACCCUGUUCUUGCUGAAACCAUAUGGGAAUCUGGCCUUAAAAGUUUUUUUACCGAUAUUAAAAUUCGGGGGAAAGUUGCCGUCGGCUUAAACCCAAAUAUUAGAUUCUACAGGUACAAGGUGGGCCAACGCUUUGGGCGACAUAUUGAUGAAAGUGUUGAUCUUGGUGAUGGCCGCCAGACACAUUACACACUGUUAAUAUAUCUAAGUGGUGGGUCAAGACAGAAGGCAAAUGGUGAUCGAACCAACAACCGUGAUUCUUCUGAGGAGCCUCUAGUUGGAGGGGAAACAGUCUUUUAUGAUUCCAGAAGAGGUGUUGUCGCUGAGGUGGCUCCUAUUGAAGGGAUGGCACUCUUUCACAUUCAUGGGAAUAAAUGUAUGCUACAUGAAGCCCGCAAUGUUACAAAAGGUGUCAAGUAUGUAUUUCGUUCUGACGUAGCUUUUGCCUGACAAGUACAGAAUUUGUCAAUCAAACAAGAGAGGAUCAAGCUAAGCAUCUUCACUGACAGAAAAAUGCUUUUGAUAUUCACAAGUGUUCGAUCCCAAAACUGAAGCCAGUGCUUUUUUACCUUUGGUCAUAGGUGAUACUUUUUUUUUUGGAGGGGGGGGGGGGUUCUUAUGUUAGAAUGGAUCUUUAAAUAUGGUGUACCUACCUAUUGUUUUUGUAUUCAUUCUUUUUUGUCAAAAGUUAAAGCAGAACAUGAGAAGAUGAUGUCGAGUAACGUGAAGGCUUCCUAAUUUUUUCCCCCCAUGUCCCCGGUGCACCAGCCAGUCACCAACUGCAGAGGUUUUCAAAUAUUUUGGGGAGGGUGGAGGGCCCUGCCUCAAGUCUUGGUUCCGCCCCUGCCCAUGCUCGAUUCUAUCCUCUGGAUGCUCAUCCAAGAACUUGGUCUGAUAUGCACCCAGAUCUAGCUGAGAGUUAGCAUUAGGACAGGCCUUGGAGUUGGGGCUAGUAGAGUUUCAUUUAAAAACUAAAUUGUCUUUUUAGCCAAGACUGGGACAUACAGUACAUGUAGCCAAAAGGUGUAUAAUAAAGGCUAAAUGCUACAACCUGAA